AUAAUUCAUUUCGUUCAAUACAAAUUCAUCGUCAAAUUCAAAAUCACUAGGACGAAAUGUUAUGUAGGUGACACCGGUGAGACCGCGGAGAGCUUCGCGAAGGCGCAUGAGGAGAAUAGUAGUGGGGAUCGAAAUACGGGCGAAAAAGAGGGGAAGCGAGCCGUGCGGGACAAAUUCUAAGAUCCCUAGCAUCCCUAGUGCCGCCGUCGCUAUUGCGGCUUUGCCAUCGACCUGUUACAAAACAUGGCGUACAGUUGAUGUACCCUAUAACGUAAACAAGUCGUUAAUAUAUCUCAAGUUUCUAACUAAUACACUUGUAAAUAACAGUAACUACGACAACUGUUCAAAGAAGUAACAGAGCAUAAUUAAGAAAACACGUAAAAUGUUAUAUUUAUAUACUCCCAUCAGUGAAUACCAUGUGUCAACCGUGCAUAACCACUGUACAUUUGAGUAGUCUGUAAUUUUAUACAAGAAUUCAACGUAGCAUUGGUCUGUGACACAUUACAUAGGAAAGAAUGGCUGAUUCCGAAGAGGAAAACGAUAAAGCCACGAUGUCUGGGAUUAAUAUGACCGGGUUUUUAUUCGGGAACAUCGACGACAAUGGUCAACUAGAAGAUGACAUUCUGGAUCCAGAGGCGAAGCAGCAUUUGGAUUCGUUGAAUCGGUUUGGAUUGACAUCGUUUAUUCGUGAAAUGAUGUCGAGUGAAAAUACCAGCGAGGACAGAGAGAACGAAUCAAACGAGAAAGCCGAAGAGGAGAAUGACACGGUUGACGAGAAGGAUAUUAGCUACAAUGAGAAAUCUCCCAGUGCUCUCGACUUCUCGGACAUAAACGAACUAGCGGACGAAGAAAAAGAGGAGAACAGUAAACAGGACAUGCUCGAUCGUAAAUCUGAGAAAGAGAACGCUGAUUACGAUGCGGAUGAUGAAGAAGUAGUCAGUAAAUCUGAUACACAAUUAAUGCCACCGCCUCCGAUACCCGAGGAGAAGGAAGCUCUUACUGCGGAGGAGGCAGAAGCUGCCCGUCAGAGAAAAUUAGAAACUCCUCUCGCUUCUAUGUUACCAUCGAAAUAUGCCAAUGUCAAUGUGACCGAGCUGUUUCCUGAUUUUCGUACUAAUAAAGUGUUGAGGUUCUCGAGAUUGUUUGGUCCUGGAAAACCUAGUAGCCUGCCGCAGGUGUGGAGAGGUGUUAAAAGGAGACGUAAGAAGAAGCGGCAUCACGAUGUGUGCAAAGAUUCUGAUUCAGGCUCCGAUCAAGACGAGAAGAAAUCGAAGUUUAAAGGCUGGAUGAUGCAAUACGGUCCGGAUGUAACUCCGGACAUGUGUCGUUCCGAUGAUGAAAGUAAAUUACUGAAGCCGGUGGAGGACAAGGAGCAAGUUGGUAAAACGGGAGAGAGCGGUGAAAACGGGGAUAUGGGACCGAAGGUAGCAGAUUGGAGAUUCGGACCUGCUCAGCUGUGGUACGAUAUGCUUCAAGUUCCCGAGACUGGAGAUGGAUUUAAUUACGGAUUUAAAAUUUUCGAAAAGAUAGACGAGGCGAAUAAUAAAGAUAAUAAAGAUAAUUAUGAAACUAAAGAUACCAGCGAGGAAUUUUCUGACGAUGCAUUUUUAAUGGUGUCGCAAUUGCAUUGGGAGGACGAUGUUAUAUGGAACGGCGACGACAUAAAGCACAAGGUGUUGCAGAAAUUGAACAGUAAAAACAACGCGGCCGGAUGGGUGCCGUCCAGCGGGAACAGAACUGCCCAAGCGUUCAGUCAACCAGGGAAAGGUGGUCCAAUCCCGGUCGCAUCGAAUGUUCGAUUGGCUACCUCGCAGAUUACGACACCGUUGCACAUGCAGUCUCAGAAAAAUAAAAUGAAUAUGAGUAAAGGGAAUCAGCAACAGAAUCGGGAAGAGAAUUACGAUGAUACGUGGUACUCCAUUUUUCCUGUAGAGAACGAAGAACUGGUGUACGGUCUUUGGGAAGAAGAAGUUAUUUGGGAUCCCGAGAAUAUGAGAAAGAUACCGAAACCCAAGAUUCUCACGUUAGAUCCGAACGAUGAGAACAUCGUUCUCGGCAUACCCGACGACAUUGACCCGGCGUUGAUUCACAAGGAUAACGGGCCUCAGCCGAAAGUGAAGAUACCCCACCCGCACGUUAAAAAAAGUAAAUUGUUAUUGGGAAAAGCUGGGGUGAUCAACGUAUUGGAAGAGGAUACUCCGCCACCGCCACCAAAAUCACCCGACAGGGAUCCGUUCAAUAUUUCGAACGAUACUUACUACAUGCCACGAUCGUCGGAGACGACGUUACGAUUGAAGGUCGGAGGUGGAAAUUUGAUACAGCACAGCACGCCGGUGGUAGAGUUACGUGCUCCGUUCGUUCAGACCCAUAUGGGAGAGAUGCGACUACGGAAUUUCCACAGACCACCGAUAAGGAAAUACAGUCACGGUCCGCUCGCACUUCCCGGGCCGCAUUCAGUUCUGCCUUUGGUAAAGCAUAUCAAGAAGAAAGCCAAGCAAAGGGAACAGGAGAGGAUCGCAUCCGGCGGAGGUGACGUCUUCUUCAUGAGAACCGCCGAGGAUUUAACUGGAAAGGACGGCGAAUUGGUGCUGAUUGAAUUUUCGGAGGAACAUCCUCCUUUGAUGAAUCAAGUGGGCAUGUGUUCCAAGGUGAAGAAUUAUUACAAACGAAAAGCGGGGAAGGAUCAGGGACCGCAGAAAUACAAAUACGGUGAGACCGCGUACGCGCACACCAGUCCGUUCCUUGGAAUUCUUACACCUGGCCAGAGCAUACAAGCUGUCGAGAAUAAUAUGUACAGAGCGCCGAUUUACGAGCACAAGAUUCCCGAGACUGACUUCUUAGUCAUCAGAACGAGGCAGCAGUACUAUAUCAGAGAAGUCGACGCUUUGUUCGUCGCUGGUCAGGAAUGCCCGCUGUACGAAGUACCGGGACCUAAUUCGAAGAGAGCUAACAAUUUUGUGAGGGACUUCUUGCAAGUGUUCAUAUACAGAUUAUUUUGGGAAUCUAAAGACACCAGACAGCCUCGGCGUAUUAAAAUGGACGAUAUUAAAAAAGCAUUCCCCUCGCACAGCGAGAGCAGCAUUAGGAAACGUUUGAAGUUGUGCGCCGACUUCAAACGAACGGGCAUGGACUCGAACUGGUGGGUCAUAAAACCCGAUUUCAGAUUGCCGACCGAAGAAGAGAUUCGGGCAAUGGUGUCUCCGGAACAAUGUUGCGCGUACUUCAGUAUGAUCGCAGCUGAACAAAGACUGAAAGAUGCCGGCUACGGUGAGAAGUUUCUGUUCAUUCCUCAAGACGAUGACGACGAGGAGAUGCAAUUGAAGAUGGACGACGAAGUUAAAGUCGCGCCUUGGAACACGACGCGAGCGUACAUUCAGGCGAUGAAAGGCAAAUGCCUGUUGCAAUUGGCAGGACCAGCCGACCCCACGGGCUGCGGCGAAGGAUUCUCUUACGUUCGAGUUCCAAAUAAACCUACGAUCAGUAAGGAGGAACAAGAAGCUCAGCCAAAGAGGACUGUAACCGGAACCGACGCCGAUUUGAGGAGAUUGUCGUUGAACAACGCGAAAGCGUUGCUUCGUAAAUUCGGCGUGCCCGAGGAGGAGAUUAAGAAAUUAUCGCGGUGGGAGGUGAUCGACGUGGUGAGAACGUUGUCCACGGAGAAAGCUAAGGCUGGCGAGGAGGGCAUGACCAAAUUCUCUCGAGGCAAUCGAUUCUCCAUCGCAGAGCACCAAGAGAGGUACAAAGAGGAGUGUCAAAGGAUUUUCGAUCUGCAAAAUCGCGUUCUAUCCUCGAACGAAGUUUUGAGUACAGACGAGGGCGAGAGUUCCGAGGAGGACAGUUCCGACAUAGAGGAGAUGGGUAAGAACAUAGAGAACAUGCUGUCGAAUAAGAAGACCAGUACCCAGUUGUCUCUGGAGCGCGAAGAGCAGCAGCGACACGAGCUACGAAAGAUGUUGAUGGGCGAUGUUCAGGAACAGGACAAAAAGUCGAAGGAGAAGAAGAAAGACGACGAGGAGGAUAGUCCUGUGAACAACUUCAACUCGCAGCAGGGUCGCGUUCUCAAGAUCUAUCGUACGUUCAGGAAGGACGGGAAAGAAUACACGAGGGUGGAACUGGUUAGAAAGCCAGCAGUGAUAGACACUUACAUAAAGAUCAGAAACUCGAAGGAUGAGACGUUUAUCAAACAGUUCGCGACGCUGGACGAGGCGCAGAAGGAAGAGAUGAAGAGAGAGAAGAGGAGAAUCCAGGAACAGUUGCGGAGAAUUAAACGGAACCAAGAGAGAGAACAUAUGCUUGGCGGCCCGAUGUCUGGAAGCAACGCGUCGUCGGGCAACAUAUUCGACCGUACUAGUUCCAAUAUCCCAGUUAGCACAUCCUCUAACAGUAUCCUUCCAAUCUAUAACUCUUUGCCAACAAUUUCCUCCGCUUCUAAACAUCCUAAACCCGAGGUAUCUCCUUCGAAACGCAAAAAACCUAAACUUAAACCAGAUCUUAAAUUGAAAUGCGGUGCUUGCGGUAACGUAGGUCACAUGCGCACGAAUAAAGCUUGUCCCCUAUAUCAGAACAGCAUAACGAACACGGCGCCGGUGAACGUCGCGAUGACCGAGGAACAGGAGGAGGAGAUCGAGAAACAACUCAACACGGACGAUCAGGAUCUCGUAAAUGUCGACGGAACUAAAGUGAAGUUAUCGUCCAAACUGAUCAAGCAUGCCGAAGAGAUGAAGAGGCGUACGUUGCUGUUGAAAGUGCCUAAGGAAGCAGUUAACUCCAAGAAACGGAGGAGAGCCACCGGAGACGAUCACUGCGAUUAUCUCAAGCGGCAGCAGAGGCCCGCUAAUCGGCGUAGGACAGAUCCUGUCGUCGUCAUGUCCACGAUGCUCGAAAGUAUAUUGAACGAGAUGAGGGACUUGCCCGAUGUUCAACCGUUCUUAUUUCCUGUUAACGCUAAGGUUGUUCCCGAUUACCAUAAAAUUAUUCAAAGACCCAUGGACUUGCAAACUAUACGGGAAAAUUUGAGGCUGAAGAAGUAUCAGAGUCGGGAAGAAUUUUUGGCCGACGUGAAUCAAAUCGUAGAAAACUCGACGCUGUACAACGGGCAGAAGAGCUCGUUGACGGUAGCUGCUAAGCGUAUGCUGGAAACUUGCGUGGAAAGGCUUGGGGAAAAGGAGGAUCGUUUGAUGAGACUCGAGAAAGCAAUUAAUCCUCUGCUGGAUGACAACGAUCAGGUUGCUCUCACGUUCAUUUUGGACAACGUCGUGAAUAACAAAUUGAAAACCAUGGCGGAAGCCUGGCCGUUCUUGAAACCGGUCAAUAAGAAGUUAGUGAAAGAUUACUACAAUGUCAUCAAGAGACCUAUGGAUUUGGAAACCAUAUCUAAAAAAGUAUCUGCACACAAGUAUCACAAUCGUCACGAGUUCCUUAGAGACAUGGAGCAGAUUUUAGAAAAUUGUAUGUUGUACAAUGGGAAGGAUUCGUCGUACACGCCGAAAGCGGAACUGCUUGUAAAAGUCUGCAAGGACACAUUGGACGAGUAUGACGAACACUUGACGCAGUUAGAAAAUAGCAUACUGUUGGUGCAAAAACGAGCAAUGGAACAAUCGCUGGACCUCGAUCCAUCGUGGCUUGGCCCAGACGAAGAAAAUUAUACGAUUGUAGAGCCAGAAUUUAGAGGGAGCCAAACGAGUUCGCCGGAGAACCCAUUCGGGAAAUCGAACAUGGAUGACUUUGACUUCGUGGACGUGGAAGGAGACUUGGAAGGCGACGGUAGCAGAAGUGUUAAUUCAAAGAAGAAAGAUGUCCUCGAAGAAGAUCUACAGUUCUCCAGCGAGGACGAAUUCGAUGAGGUUCCAUUCGGCACGGAUGAGCAGUCCGAGCAUGCCGAGAUGGAAACGCUCGAGCUUAACGAAGUCAGAGAAAAUACGGAAGGCGGAGUAGUAUUGGCCGAUGACGACAGCCAGCAAGCGGCAGAAGCGAUGGUUCAGUUAGGCAAUGUCGGGUUUUAUAUGGCUGAGCAACAGUUGCUUCAGCAAGACGAAAGUAUGGACGUCGAUCCGAAUUACGACCCUUCGGACUUCCUGCUAGCUGGCUUGCCGGCGAGGGACGAGAAGAGCGAAAACAAGAUACAGGACGAUUUAGCUAUAUCUGAGAGUGACGAGGACGCGGAGAAUAACGUGAAGCAAAAGCAGAAAACGCCGCAACAAUUACCGCCGCAACCGGAAGAAGAUGUCGGAGGAGAUUUGUGGUUUUAAACCUUGCAAUCAAUCAUUGCGUGUUUUAUAGUUUCAUUACUUCAAUCAAAAGACUUGUGUAUAUGUAUUAUGAGACGUACGGACAGAUGAAGCAAAUGAAAUAUGUAUUUCUAAUACGUAGAUAAAUGAACUUCGAUGCGAAACAUAUUUUGUUAAAAAAAAAAAAAAAGUAUAGGGACAUCUAUGGUCCGUGGACUGUUGCAAUUAUUUAUGAAUAUCAUGUAAAUGUAUAUGUAAAUACACGAUGGAAAAUUGUUUCCAUA